GUCAUCAUCUUAAUUAUAUUAUAUAAUCCAGCCUAAUGAGCGUAAUCGUCGUCUUAAUAAGUUUUGUUUCUUGAUUGAUUAAGCUUUUUUUCCUGAUUGACGGAUCCAUAAUAAUUAAAAGAGGAAAAGAGAGUUGAUGAAAUGAACAGUUAAUUGUAAGCAAUCAACAAUUAAUUAUUAUAUCAAACAGGUUAUUUCCAAGGUUCCAAAUUAAUUAAUCCAGUCCUCACUAAGUGAAAGUGAUAAAAAGUAAGAAUUAACAGUUAAGGGUUAAUCAUUAAUGUACCAUUGUUUCAACUGAUUGGUUACCAUUUUUAUCAAUAACCAAUAUCAAUAUUUAUAAUUUAAUAAGUUGAUUAUUCAAGUGAUUCCGGGAAAUUGUCAACAACGAUGACCAAACUUGACCUGAUGGUGGUGGAAAAUUUCACUAGUAAAUCACAGAUCCAAUCUAAAUCAGUGUUGGAUGAAUUUCGUGAUCGAGUCCAGUCCAAUCGUAAAACCUCAGGAUACAAUUUAAGUGACCAAUUGUUAUUACAAUUUUUAUCAUCUCGAGAAUACAAUCAAACGGAAGCGUUAACCAUAUUGUCCAAUUAUUUGACGGUAGUUAAUGAGAGGCCAGACUUAUUUUCGUGGAGAGAGGAGUUAAAAAGAGUGGCCAAUGACGGGAUUUAUGUUCAUUAUCCGAUUAAUAAUGUUAACGGAAGUAAAGUGGUCAUAAUUAAACCCGGUUCUUGGAAUCCAAAUGUAAUUAGUUUCGAGCAAUGGUUUCCACAGACUUUGUUUUUCUGUGAGAUCAGUUUAAUGGAUCGAUCGGUUCAACAGAAUGGGAUUAUCGGUAUAAUCGAUAUGCGAAAUCUUUCCUGGUCACAAAUUUAUCACAUCGGUGUUUCUGGUAGUCGAUUGGCCUCACACAUAACCGAUUAUUGUUUUCCUUGGACUAUUCAAAGUGCCCAUUUAAUUUACGAGAAUCGAUUGACCAAUAUGGCAUUUAAUUUGUUUAAACCAUUUCUUUCAGCUAAAUUACGUCAAAGAAUUAAUUUCCAUGGAUCCAAUUUGGAAACUUUGUACAAAUUUGUUCCCAAAUCAAAUUUACCACCUUCAUUAGGAGGAACUAAUCAAGAAUUUUCUGGUGAAUUUUACAAUAAUAUUCUUGACCAACAUAAACAAUCAGUUCUUGACCAUUGGCAAUCUUUGAGGAAAAGGAAAGUGUCCAAUUAAUGUUAAAUUGUCCAUCUUUUUUUUCUCGUUCUUCUAUUCCUUGUUUUGUUUGUAUCAUCGUUAACUGUUACUCAAUAGUAAUAGAGGAAAAAUAAAUCAAAAGUAGACAAUUAAAGUAAUGUUUGCGACAUU